CUGCUCUUCAUCAGACAACUGACGUGAGCAGAGUCCACUCUGGGUGAAAGUUACAAGCGCGCUUUAUAUUGACAGAAGUCAGAUCAGACAGUGAAAUACUGCACAGAGACCCCAUCACAGGCGUGUGAGUGAUGCAUUACUGCAGCACACGUUCAGGAGUUCAGGGCUGCAGCUUCAGAGAUGUGCUGUUCUCUGGAUACGCUGCAGAUGGGGGGAUGUUCAUGCCUGAAACGCUGCCAUCACUGAGUCCAGAAACACUGAGAUCCUGGAGAUCAUUCAGCUACCAGCAGCUGCUGUUUGAGAUCUGCUCGCUCUUCAUACCUCAGCAUGAAAUCCCACCACAGCACCUGGACGAGCUCAUUUCACAGGCGCUGUCGAAGUUCUCCAUUCCAGACGCGGUGAGAAUAGUUAAACUCAAAGACUCCCUGUCCGUCCUGGAGUUAUUUCACGGUGAGACACUGGCGUUUAAAGAUCUGGCCAUGUCUUGCACGGCCCGCUUUCUGGAAUAUUUCUUAAGCAAAGAGAACGAACAUGCCACAAUACUAGUAGGUACAUCUGGUGACACGGGCAGCUCGGCCAUCAGGAGUGUGUCUGGCAUCAGUGAGGUGGACGUUGUGGUGGUGUUUCCCCGCGGACGCAUCAGCAGCGUGCAGGAGAGACAGAUGACCACCAGCAGAGCGGACAACAUCCAUGUGUUUGCAGCGGACGGGACAUCUGAUGACAUCGACGUGCCGUUGCGGAAACUGUUUGCUGAUGUGGAUUUGGUGAAACAUCACAGCCUCAUGAGCCUGAACUCCGUGAACUGGUCCAGAAUCCUGGUGCAGCUGGCACACUUCCUGUACGCAUACCUGCAGCUGAGCGCACUGGACGCAGACACGCUGCCGGUGCUGGAGGUGCUGGUGCCCACUGGAGGUGCUGGGAACAUCACUGCUGGAUUGAUCGUGAAGCUGAUGGGAGUUCCUCUUCAGCUCGUCGCCAUGACGAACUCCAACGACAUCAUCCGGCGCACGGUCGAGAGUGGUGAUUUCUCCAUGGCGAGCGGCGUCAGACGAACCCUUGCUCCAGCCAUUGACAUUCAGGACCCGUACAACAUGGAGCGAGUGUUCUGGCUGCUGUCUGCCAAGGAUGGCGUGAUGGUGAAGAACAUGAUGGAGAAGUUUCAGAAGACACACGCACUCUCUCUCUCCAUGUCACUCCAUAAACAGUUGUGUGCAGUGUUGUCUUCGGGUUCAGUGUCUGAUGAAGGAAUACUGGACACCAUGAGGAGAUGCUGGCAGGACAAUCGUUAUCUGCUCUGUCCUCAUACUGCUGUAGGUGUCUGGUACCACUAUAACUGCCCCAUCACAGCAGGACAAAACAGAUGUUGCAUAGCGACCGCGUCGCCAGCCAAGUUUUGUGAAGCGGUGCAGAAGGCCGGUUUGACCCUUGACCUCCCUGAAGCGUUGCAGGCGUUAGACUCACUGGAGACCCGUUAUCAAGUUCUGGAAGAAUCGGACGACUGGGAGUCCAAACUGAGACAACACAUUGAGCUCAUCGGCUCCGUGAGACGGCGUGGAGAAACAUUUUACCCAGCAGGACGACUGAUAUCUGAUGAGCCCAUUUAAAUUAUUAAAUGAAGGAUUCACCGUAGCUUUUUAAUCAGGAAUGUUCUGCUUUUUGCAGUCUUGUUAGGGAACAAAGUAGUGAAUUCUUCCUUGGCGAUUUGUCCAAUUUGAGUGAAAUUUGGUGUAAAUAAUUUAGAGACAAAUAAGGUUAUUAAGAGAAUUUUGAGAAUUUCAGGCAUAGUGUUCAUGCAAUGUCCAAAACUUCACAAAAUACUCAUACAACUCAAUCUGAGGACAAAUUUAAUCAGUUUCCAGUGAUAGGAGACACUGUAACUUGGUUUGCCAACCGUUCUUUAUAAUGUGGUUGCGUCCUGUAUUUAAAGGGGUCAUGACAUGCCUUUUUCUAUUAUUUUAAUGUUCCUUGAGGUUCACUUAUUAAUAUUAGUAAUGUUCUUUGCACAAAAAAAGCAGUCAUAUAUUUGUAAAACAUGAUCAUUUUUCACCAUCAUUCUGACUGUCUGUCAGAAACAGAGUGCUGCUGGUGCUGCUUCUCCUUUAAGAUUUGACAGUACACGCCUACUGUUCUGAUUGGCUCUCUGCUCUUGACUGACCUGCCAUCUCACUGCUCAUUUCUACUGGGCGGGGCUACGGAGAUGAUUAAGGUAAAGUAGGCAUUGAUAUGUUGUUGUGGAGGCGGUCAGAUGCAAAUGUCUACUCCAGUGUGACAUCACAAUGUGGAGGAAGUAGAGGUGGGAAUCACUAGGUAACUGGCGAUACAAUAUUAUAUCGAUAUCUAGGUCACGAUACAACAUAAUUGCGAUUCUUUAUUUUUGGAGUAUUGCGAUAUCAUAUUUUACUCACUGUCUUUCAUUCUUAUUCAUAGGCUAUUCACCAAAUGCAUUAUUAAAUAAAUAUAAAAGUGCCUCAAAUAAAUUGAAUGUAAACCAUAUAUUUGUGAAGAUAAACAAUACUGACCCUCAGAUUAUUUGAGCGAUUCAUUAAAGAAUCGGAGUAAUGUUAUAUCCUAUCACAAAUAGAGAUCCGCAAUUGACUCAAAUAAGUCUAUCACUUUUAAAUAAAUAUUCUAAUUUGAUAUAUAUUUGACAAUAAUAUAUUAUUCUUAUUGUUGUUGUUAUUGUUAAUAAUAAUAUAGUUAUAUUACACUCUAAAACCUUCUGGCUUUUAUUUUUGCAUAAUUAUAGGAAGAACUUUUGAGUUUCUGUCUGUAGGCUAGUUAACAGUAGUUUUAAUGUGCUUCCCAACAAUGUGCUGUGUUUGUUAGUGUUUGUGUGUGUGUGUGUAUCUGUGUGUGUGUGUGUGAGAGAUUGUUUGUGUGUGAGUGUGUAUCUGUGUGUGUGUGUGUAUCUGUGUGUGUGUGUGUGUGAGAGAGAGUGUGUAUCUGUGUGUGUGUGUGUGUGUGUGUGUGUGUGUGUGUGUGAGUGUGUAUCUGUGUGUGUGUGUGUGUGUGAGAGAUUGUUUGUGUGUGUGAGUGUGUAUCUGUGUGUGUGUGUGUAUCCGUGUGUGUUUAUGUGUGAGUGUGUGUGUGUGUGUGUGUGUGAGCAUACAGACAGUAUUUUUCCCUUUAAAUGCAUCCUUUUGUGAUUCACAAAACUAUUGUUUGGCUUCAAGAGACUUUGAAUAUAAUGCAUGAGUCAUAUGGACUACUUUAAAAGUGCUUUUAUGCUUUUUUAAUGUCAUAUUGGAGCUUGACUGUAAUGACCAUGACACACUAUAACACACAUUAUAAUUAAUAAUUAACCAGAGCACUAGAAACUGCGCUAAUGUGCUAAUGACCAAAAGAGCGAUCACUUCAUUUCUGGUAAUAAGGAUUUACUGUAAAUGUGGAACAUAA